UGUAACGCAUCGCUGCACCGGCAUCGUUUGCCAUCGACAUUUUUGCGGAGACCAUCAAUCACUCUUCACUCCGAGCCGAGACCCAUUUGGCUCGGUAACAUUCAACAUGGCACCACCACCACCUACGCCCCUUCCUGGCACAACCAUGAAAUUCAAUGAUGCCAGAAGGCGGUCCAGUGUGGCUUCUACAAUCUCUCAUCGCGAGGCUGAGGCCAACGACAGGGUCGAAGGUUUCGUUCGGAGCAAUAUUGCGGAUGUUGCUGGCCCUAGUGCAUCACCCACUCGCCAGACGAGAGCUGCCGACCCCCAAUACAGUCCUAAGAAAAUCCCCGAGGAUGCUGCUGCUGGCCCGAGUGCAUCAAUGGCUCUCGAUAGCACUCUUGCAGAGUUCGAUCCCGGUAAAGGUACAAUGCCUGCGGCAACUCUUGCCAGCUUGAGUGCACUACCCAAUCGCGGUAUCGAGACAAUCCCUGUCCAAUGCCUCGUGUUUAUCAACGAAUCUUUCCCCAACGUCGAGCAACCGGACUCCUACGAGGUUGACAUACUAGUUCCUGUGGCAUUCAGAGCGCGUGCUGGCGCUCCUCCUGUCGAAAUGCUCACGGAGCCCGAUGAAACGGACAGGCAAGCGCUCAUGAAUGAACUGCAUCGCCACAACGUGGAAUUCUUCCAAAGGAAGAUGAGGAAUUGCUGCUGGUGCAGAAAGCCGGCUCAGGAAUUCCAUCCCCAUUUUAAAGCGAUGUACCAAUUCAAUUUGGCGCACAAGGAUCGUGAAAUGCUUGCUUUCAGACCGAUGUGCCAUGUUAUCCCAGUCUGCGGAGAACGCUGUCUCGACGAGCUCCAAGAAAAGUACUACUCAAGGCGGAUAUACCCAAGUCCGGUCUUCGAUUCUUGCUUUGAGAAAAUCUUUGGGCGGUACCACGAAUUCCAGCGCUCCGUAAACACAACAAGAACUGCGAUAUUUGAGAUGGUUCCUUACCAUCUUCAGAUGACUCUGAAUUGGUGUGGUAUUUGUAGAGAUCGUUGGAGCUUCAAGAAAGCUGACCAAAAACGACAGUUUCAAUUGCAUCGUCGACUUCAUUGCAGAGGGUUGUCGACAGUUCGAGGAAAAGGGAGAUCCCGUGCUGUCGCAGGUGCAUCGGCACAAACUAGUAGUGCGCAACUCAAUGUUGGACUGGUUCCUCGCCAGACAGCAAGUGGCGACACCAUUUCUGGUCCGGCUUCCCCAAGUUCGCCGGAAGUUUUUGAGACCGCAGAUGGUUCAAACAUUUGCGAGCCUGGUUCAUCCGCUGAUGCAAUCGCACAAAAUGGCACGUCCAGAGCCCAAGACCAAACCCAAGGCACAACUCGAUCCCAUGAAGUCGCAACAUCGGUAACCCCGGCUUCUGAGACUCCUCAACAAGAUGGCGCCUUGCAGUCCACGGAAUCUACUAGGGACAGAACCCCACAGGGUAGUCAGUCACCUAAUUCUAGUUCAAGUUUAACUGAAGUCCCUCCAUCUCCUGAAGGACCUCUUGCUGUGGUAGUCACGGGUAUAAAUCCUUGGGGUCCUGGAGAACCUUGGGUUGCACCACUUCCUCACCCGCCGCAGCCUGGAGAUGGAAACAACGACGAUGACAACGGUGACAAGCCCUCGCCCUCACCACGCACUGGGUUCUGGCACAGAUUUGCUUGCUGGAGACGCAAUCGAGCAUGAAAACCCCAGAAAGGUGUGUGUCUGUUCUGCCUGUUGAUAAACUG